AUGUCCGACUUUAUUUCUGAGAGAGCUGCUCAACUCUUGGGUACUCGACGCCACCCUUCUAAUCUCUCUGUCACGGGGCUAGCUCAGUCUCUCACUCAAACCAAAGGCUCACUUAGUGUUAAUGUUGAGUCACUUUCAGGUCACUUAGUUGUCCAAAAACACUGUUUUCAUAUUUUAGAAAAAAUCUCUAUCGAUUUACCGAGUGUGGAACUCACGCCGGAAGUACUACAGAAGGUGAAACCUUUCGUUCUCGCAGACCCAACAUUCCAUAAGCCGGGCCCCAUUGACGUCCUUAUAGGAUGUGCAUUAUUUCCUCAAGUGCUAACAACUAAAUGUCACUCGUUAGGCGAUCACAUGCCUUAUGCUCUUGGUACCAUUUUUGGUUACGUCAUUGCUGGAACAGCUCCGUGUUCUUCUCCUUCUCCGAGAGCCUCUCAUCUCUCUAUCUCUCUCCUCUCCACUAGCGAUCAUGAUCUCCACUCAUCCCUGCAGCGCUUCUGGACCUUGGAAGAACCCCCAAUUUGUACAAAGAAGACUCAGGAAGAAGAACUUUGCGAUCUCCACUUUAGGUCGACCCAUUCGAGGGAUUCGACAGGACGCUAUAUCGUCCGCCUUCCUUUUAAAGAAAAUCAUACUCCCCUCGGGACAUCCAGACCUCAGGCUGAACGCCGUCUCUAUUCUCUUGAGCGGAAGUUCAAUAGCCAACAACAUUUCUCUACUCUCUAUCAUGAUUUUAUGGAUGAAUAUCUCUCUCUCGGUCACAUGACCAAACUUGAAACUGUUGAUUCAACCUCUCAUCACUACUAUCUCCCCCAUCACGGAGUUUUGAAAGAAAGUAGUAGCUCCACAAAGCUUCGAACUGUGUUCGAUGCUAGUAGUAAGACCAGCACUGGCGUGUCUCUAAAUGACGUCUUACUUACAGGUCCCAAGCUCCAGACGAACAUUUGUGAUAUUAUGCUCCAUUUCAGGUCUUAUAACAUUGUUUUCUCUUGUGACAUUCGUCAGAUGUAUCGUCAAAUAUUAGUGCACCCAGACGAUCAAAAAUAUCAACUAAUCUUGUGGCGCAAUAACUCUUCACAGGAGCUUUCUACAUAUCAGCUGGCUACUGUAACAUAUGGGGUCAACAGCAGUCCCUAUCUCGCUAUCAGAACGCUUCAUCAACUUGCUGAAGAUGAGGGUGAGGCGUUUCCUGCUGCUGCUCAGGUUAUAACCUCCAACACCUAUGUUGAUGACAUAAUCACCGGUGCUGACACGGUUAAAGAUGCUCUACAACUUCAAGGCCAGCUAAUUAGUCUUCUGUCCCGUGGUGGAUUUGAACUCCGGAAAUGGUCAUCCAACGCUAAGGAACUCCUUCAAACUCUGCCUCAAGAACACCUAGAAUUACCAGUAUUUCUGGAACAUGUCAACGAACCUCUGUUUUCAAUAUUAGGACUACAUUGGUCACCUGUCUCUGAUUGCUUCACUUAUAAUUUAAAUUUCUCUGAUGCAGUCAAUGUGACCCCUACAAAACGCCGAGUGCUCAGCUUAAUUGCCAAAAUCUAUGAUCCUUGUGGUUUUGUCGCUCCAUGUAUCAUGGCCGCAAAGUGUUUUAUGCAACUUUUGUGGACAACAGGACUUGAUUGGGAUGAACAGCUCCCCCCUGACUUGUCUGAUAAGUGGAAUACCUUCCUCUCUCAUGUAAAUCACGUCUCUAAGAUCAAGGUUCCACGAUCUCUUAUGCUCAGCUCCUCAAAGAAAGUCGAAGUACACGGGUUCUCAGAUGCUUCGGAGAGCGGAUAUGCAGCGGUGGUGUACUUCCGCAUUCUAAUGUCAAACGACGAAGUGAUAGUUCGCCAAGUCAUGGCAAAAACUAGAGUAGCCCCCCUCAAAAGAGCGACAUUACCUCGCCUCGAACUCUGUGGUGCUCACCUCUUGGCACAGUUGGUAGCACAUGUCUGCAACGUUUUUAAAGACCACAUUUCCUCUCCUUCAAUUUACUUGUGGUGUGAUUCCACUGUCGUCCUCACGUGGUUACAAACACCCUCUUAUCGGCUCAAAACCUACGUAGCAAACCGAGUCGCCCAGACUCAGGAGCUCAUCCCUUCGCAUUGCUGGAGACACAUACAGGGGAGUGAAAAUCCAGCUGACUGCGCCUCUCGCGGCAUUCUUGCCUCUGAUCUCGUAGAUCACCCUCUUUGGUGGAAAGGACCCUCUUGGCUUCAUUUGGAUGAAGAUGCAUGGCCUAACCCCAAAUUUUCUCCUAUGGAUUUGUCUUCCACGGGUGAGGAGAAACAUACCCCCCUGACCGUACUAACAGCUGUGAAGCAAGAAGAGUGGAAUUUACUCACCCAAUUUUCUUCAUGGACACGUCUUCAAGCUGUCUUGGCCUACGUACAACGGUUCAUACACAAUGUCCGCCACGCUGACAAGCGUGUAGGACCCCUCUCAUCUGACGAACUGAAGUCAGCCUCCACCACACUCUUCAAGCUAGUCCAACUAUCCAGUUUUCAAGAAGACAUCCUCGCCUUGGAAAAGAAGAAAGAAGUAUCUUCACGUCUAAGACGUCUCUCACCCUGGCUCGAUUCCAAUGGUCUCCUGCGCGUUGGAGGACGACUAACAGCGUCAACACUAAAACAUGACUCUCGACAUCCUGUCAUAUUGCCUAAAGGACAUCACGUGGUAGACCUUCUCAUCGAUCAUUAUCACAUCAGACAUCUCCAUGCCGGAGCACAACUCACACAGGCGCUACUCACUCGAAGUGUCUGGAUUUUGUCUGCUAGAAGUGCAAUACGUUCUAGGAUCUUCAAAUGUUUGAGAUGUUUUCGGCUAAGGCCAAGAAAUUGCCCCCCUCUCAUGGGAAACCUUCCAAGUGCUCGUGUGACUGCCACGAGACCCUUUCUCAAAACAGGGAUGGAUUAUGGUGGACCAUUCACUGUGAAACUUCACAACCUUCGCUCGAUUCGGCACAUAAAGGUGUACAUAUGUAUCUUUGUUUGCUUUGCCACAAAGGCCGUCCACGUCGAGGUAGUAACAGACCUCUCAUCUGAUGCGUUCAUUGCUGCCCUAACCAGAUUCGUCUCCCGACGCGGACUUUGUUCAGACCUCUACAGCGACUGCGCCACAAAUUUUGUUGGGGCAGAUAACGCUCUAAGAAAACUUGUCAAGUCACCAAAUCAGACUCAAAUUCAAGUCUUUGCCUCUCAAAAUGGUAUAAAAUUCCAUUUCAACCCUCCUGCUGCUCCCCACCAAGGUGGUUUGUGGGAGAGCGCCAUCAAAGGCAUCAAGUAUCACCUCCGGAGAGUGAUAGGUGAUCAGGUUCUCACUCUCCCAGAAUUUAUCACCGUAGCAACUCAAGCGGAAGCCAUGAUGAAUUCUCGGCCUCUAACACCCCUCUCCAAUGAUCCCUCGGAUCUCUCUUCUCUCACACCAGGCCAUUUUCUGAUAGGCGCCCCCCUAGCUGCUGUACCUGAAGCCGAUCUCAGUGAUGCUCCUCAGAAUAGACUCAAACACUGGCACCUCGUCCAAUCAUUAAGCCAAAGCAUCUGGAAGAGAUGGCAUCUUGAAUAUCUGCACACCCUUCAGCAGAGAGAGAAGUGGCAUUCCCCAACUAAAAACCUUAAGGUCGGUGAUCUGGUCCUUAUUCAUCAGCCGACACCCCCUCUCACUUGGCCCCUUGCUCGGAUCACAGAGGUAUUCCCAGGAAAGGACAAUGUUGUUCGGGUGGUACAUCUUCAAACGGCCAACGGACAACUCACACGGCCUGUUCACAAGGUCUUCCCUCUACCAUGCAAUGAAGACUAA